AUGACCAGUAGAGAGAGCACUGAGGGAUAUGAAGGUGGUCAUCCACUACAGUUAAAGUCCUCCCAUGAGUCUCCAACCGAGAAAAAUCCCGUUCAAAUGAGCGAGGGACAAACUCAACAUCAUGAAACCUUCGAUGCUCUCAAGGUGAUAGAAUACCCCGAGAGUCGUGUUACUUGGGACGGGGACAAUGACCCGGAGAACCCGCGAAACUGGCCGAUGCGCCGGAAAAAGAUCUUUACCUUAGCUGUAUCGAUGAUGGUUUUCAGCGUUUCCUUUGCUUCCAGUGUCUUCGGCUCAGCCAACAAGGUGGUGGGUGCUAAAUUCGGAGCCUCCAGCGAGGUUAUGGACCUAACCGUGACUCUAUUUGUUGCUGGCUUUGCAAUCGGCCCUUUGUUUUGGGGCCCGUUCUCGGAAGUGAAAGGCAACACCACGCCGCUUUGUGUGGCGGUCGCCGGGGCUGCCAUCUUUCAGAUACCCCUUGGCCUGGCGCAGAAUGUUCAAACGGUGCUCGUGAGUCGGUUUCUGGCAGGUGCCAUUGGGAGUGGGGUCCUGGCUGUCGGCUCAGGCAUGUUCUCAAAAAUCUAUGGGCCGAUCCACCGUGCGGUGGCCGUCGGGACCACAUCAACAUUUAUGAACUUGGGGAGUGCUCUGGGCCCCAUUGUCGGCUCGUACACAGUCGAGUAUGCCGGAUGGCGCUGGCUCGCCUGGAUCACCCUCAUUCUGUGCGUGGUGGUUGGGCUCAACGCGAUGUUUACCGUCCGCGAGUGUUCGGGCGACGUGUUGCUGGUGCGGAAGGCUCGACGAUUGCGCAAGGAAACUGGCAAUGAGCUACUGCACGCCCCCUUGGAGGAGGAGGAGGGCAUUGAUUUCUCCGCCUUGGUCCACCACCAUCUCUCCAAGCCACUCCGCAUGAUCACACAAGAGCCCAUUCUCAUAACCAUGACUGUGUAUCUCACCAUCGUCUACGGCUCCUUUUACCUCGCCUACUCGAUGUUCACCUACGCCUUUGAGCUUCGAGGCUGGUCUAGCACCACUGCCACCCUACCUUUUAUUGCGGUAUAUAUCGGUCAGAUCAUCGCCUUCACAUACUGUACCUGGUACAACCUUAAACCGUACCGGCGUGUCUUCGAGGCCAAGGGGUACUGUACCCCCGAGGACCGACUGCCGCCCAUGAUUCUCGGCGCCUUCAUUCUGCCCCCUUCACUCUUCUGGUUCGGGUGGGCGAUGAAAACCCAUUGGAUGUGCCAGAUUGUUGCCGCCUGUUUCGUCGGGGUCGGAUUGCAGUUGAUAUUCAUUACGGGCAUCGUCUAUAUAAUCGACGUGUACAUGACCUGCCCAAACUCCGCCGUCUCCAUCCAUGUUGUAUGCCGCAGUCUGAUUUCCUCCACCUUCGCGCUGUGGUGUACCCCGAUGUAUGACGCGCUAGGGGUCGAGUGGACCUCUACUGUGCUGGGAGCCGUGGCGUUGGUGUUCAUGCCAGCCCCCUACAUCUUCCGCCGGUAUGGGGUGGCAAUUCGCAAGUCCAGUAAAUUUUCCGACGCGCACUUCUAA